AUGAAGAACAACAUCAUCCGCUGCUUGGUAGGUCUUGGGGUUAAGCUGACCGUGGUGCCGUGGGACUACGACUUCACGCAGGAGGACUUCGAUGGCCUCUUCCUCAGCAACGGGCCCGGUGACCCAAGUCAGUGCGCCCAGACCAUCCAGCACCUCCAGCAGGUGAUGAAGCAGCGGCCCAACACUCCAAUCUUCGGCAUCUGCCUUGGGAAUCAGAUUCUUGCCCUGGCGGCUGGAGCCAAGACCUUCAAGAUGAAGUUUGGGAACCGGGGCAUGAACCAGCCCGUUGUCGACCUCCGGACUCAGCGCUGCUACAUCACCGCGCAGAACCAUGGCUUUGCUGUGGAUGCUCAGUCUCUCCCCAAGGGCUGGCUGCCACUGAUGGUGAACGCCAAUGAUGGCACCAAUGAAGGAAUCAUCCAUACAUCAAGGCCCUGGUUCUCCGUCCAGUUCCACCCAGAGGCCUGUGGAGGACCCAUGGACACAGACUUCCUCUUCAAGCAGUUCCUGCAGUUCAUCGCUGAUCCUGCAGCCUCAGCUGUGACGACCAUCCCAUACUCAAUCCCCCUGAGCUACCGCAAGGUUUUGGUUUUGGGGUCCGGGGGCUUGACCAUCGGCCAAGCCGGAGAGUUCGACUACUCGGGGAGUCAGGCCUUGAAGGCUCUGAAAGAGGCCGGCAUCAUGUCCGUGCUCAUCAACCCCAACAUCGCAACUGUCCAGACCUCUGCCGGCAUGGCGGACCGUGUCUACUUCCUGCCUGUCACCCCAGAGUUCGUGACGAAGGUCAUCGACAGGGAGCGCCCAGACGGCAUCUUCGUCUCCUUCGGCGGCCAGACUGCGCUCAACUGCGCCGUGCGGCUCCAUGAGCAGGGAGUCUUCGAGCGCUUUAAUGUGCAGGUCCUUGGCACGCCUAUUGAGGCCAUCAUCAAGACAGAGGACCGUGACCUCUUCAGCCAGGUGGUGGAUGCUUGCGGAGAGCAGAUCGCAGAGAGUAGCUGCUGUGAUUCGGUCUUGGAGGCCAUUCAUGCCGCGGAGAAGAUCGGAUACCCAGUCCUGGUGCGUGCUGCCUUUGCACUGGGCGGUCUUGGGAGCGGCUUUGCAGACAAUGAGAAUGAGCUGCGGAAGCUGGUGACGGUGGCGCUGGUGAACAGCCCGCAGGUGAUCGUCGACAAGUCUCUGAAGGGUUGGAAGGAGCUUGAAUACGAGGUGGUUCGGGACAAGAACGACAACUGCAUCACCGUGUGCAACAUGGAGAACUUGGACCCCAUGGGCAUCCACACUGGCGAGUCCAUUGUGAUUGCGCCCUCGCAGACGCUGAACAACGAGGAGUACUACCGGCUCCGACAGUGUGCCCUGAAGAUCAUCCGUCACCUGGGCAUUGUGGGCGAGUGCAACAUCCAGUAUGCCGUGGACCCCAAGAGCUCUCAGUUCCGUAUCAUUGAGGUCAAUGCCCGGCUCUCACGGAGUAGUGCCCUGGCCUCCAAGGCAACAGGCUAUCCCCUGGCCUAUGUGGCUGCAAAGCUUGCAUUGGGUCACGACUUGGCGCAGCUUCGCAACAGCGUGACGCGAUGCACUACAGCCUGCUUCGAACCGUCCCUGGACUACGUGGUGGCCAAGGUGCCACGCUGGGACCUGCAGAAGUUCUCCACUGUGGACGCCCGAAUCGGCUCGGCAAUGCAGAGCGUCGGCGAGGUUAUGGCCAUCGGCCGCACCUUCGAGGAGACCAUCCAGAAGGCUCUGCGCAUGGUGGACGAGGCUAGCCCUGGCUUCGACCCGGCGCGCUUCGAGAUCGAAUUGGACAGGAGGGGCGUCGACUUGGCUGGCCCAGAAAUGAUGCGGGAGGUUCAGAAGGAGCUCAGCAACCCGACUCCUGUGAGGAUCUGGGCAGUCGCAAAAGCCUUCGAGAUGGGCAUGGAUGUCUCAGAUGUCCACCGCCUGACCAACAUUGACUGCUGGUUUCUGGGCAAACUCCAUGGCCUGCAUCAGCUCAAGCAAGCCAUGAGGCACAUGGACUUGUAUGGACUUCAAAGCCAGCCAGCCCUUCUCUUGGAGGCCAAGUGCCGUGGUUUCUCCGAUCGCCAGAUUGCAUCGCUGGUGUCAGCCCCAACACUGGUGCACACGGAGUUGUCACCAAGGCAUCAGCUUGCGGACUUCGGCGCCAGCCGCUAUGUGGGUGGCCCUGUUACCGAGGCCCACAUCCGCCACAUGCGAAGGUGCGCCGGCAUUGUGCCCAAAGUCAAGCAGAUCGACACGCUGGCAGCAGAAUUCCCUGCCGAGACAAAUUACCUCUACUUGACCUACAGCGGCCAAGAGCAUGAUGUGGAACUUGUUGGUGGCCAAGCCCCUGUGGAGACGGACUUCAGCCCUCCCAAGCGCCUUCCAUUGCAGAGCUCCAUCCCGGAACCGACGACGCUGCAAGGGCCAGGCCUCGCUCGCGAGGAGAAGGAGUCCCGAGUGGUGGUGCUUGGAUGCGGGCCUUACCGGAUCGGAAGCAGCGUUGAGUUUGAUUGGUGCAGUGUUUCUUGUGUGCGCACCCUGCGGAAGUUGGGCCACAGGGCUGUAGUUGUAAAUUGCAACCCCGAAACUGUCUCCACAGACUUCGACGAGUCCGACCGCUUGUACUUUGAGGAGCUGAGUCACGAAAGGGUGCUAGACAUCACGGAGCUCGAGACGCCAAGGGGUGUGGUUGUGUCCGUGGGUGGGCAAACGCCCAACAACCUUGCCCUUGGAUUGCACCGCUGCGGUGUCCGGAUCUUGGGCACAUCAGUUGAGGCCAUCGACGCGUGUGAGGACCGCAACAAGUUCAGCCAACUUUGCGACCAGCUACACAUCGACCAACCUGAGUGGUCCCAGUUCGAGACCCUCGAUGAGGCUCGCAGCUUCUGUCGCUCCGCAGGUUUCCCAGUGCUUGUCCGGCCCUCCUACGUGCUCAGCGGUGCGGCCAUGCGAGUGGUAACCAACGACUCGGAGUUGGAAGUCUUCCUCAAGACAGCUGCAGUUGUCAGCCGUGACCACCCGGUCGUGAUUUCAAAGUACAUCACCGGUGCCAAGGAGGUGGAGCUGGACGCUGUAGGCAAGGCGGGCGAGCUAGUGAACUAUGCCAUCGCUGAGCACAUUGAAAACGCAGGGGUGCACAGCGGAGACGCGUCCUUGCUGCUGCCUGCGCAAAGGCUGUUUGUGGAGACCCACCGCAAGGUCAAGAGCAUCUCGCAGAAGCUUUGCAAGGCCCUGAAGAUCUCCGGUCCCUUCAAUAUUCAGUUCAUUUGCAAGGACAACGAGGUGAAGGUGAUCGAGUGCAACCUGCGUGCCUCUCGAUCCAUGCCUUUCAUUUCAAAGACCUACAAUGUGAACUUCAUCGAACUUGCGACCCGCAUUAUGGUUGGCAUGCCGGUUCGGCCAGCCAUCAUCCAGCCCAUGGACAUCGAGUUCGUGGCCUGCAAAGCGCCCAUGUUCUCUUUCGGCCGCCUGAAAAAUUCUGAUCCUCGGCUUGGGGUGGAGAUGUCCUCCACUGGCGAAGUUGCCUGCUUCGGCGUGAAUGCCCACGAGGCCUUCCUUAAGAGCAUGGUGGCGGCGAAUUUCAAGCUACCAUCGCAGUCCAUCUUGGUUUCCUUGGGCCCAUCCACGGCCAAGAGCGAGUUCGUGAGCUCUGGGGCAGCUCAACAGCUGCAGGAGAUGGGUUUCACCCUCUAUGCUACCAAGGGCACCCACGAGCACCUCAAUGGCGCAGGAAUCCAGAGCAGUAUGGUCUUCAAGCCGCUGGUCAAGCGCGAGCCGAAUGCAUCGACGCUCUUGCAGGGACGCAAGGUUGACCUUGUGAUCAACGUCCCGGACUGCAUGGACUCGGACGCCCUCACGGAUGGCUUUAGGAUCCGACGGGGCGCUGUGGACUCAGGUACUUCCCUGAUUACCGACAUCAAGACCGCCAUUUUCAUGUGCCAUGCGCUUCAUCGAAAGUGGACGAGGGAGACCGGUGGCAAGCCAUUCUGGGACAUUUGCUCAUGGCAGGAAUACGUCGAGAUCGUGGAGCGGCUCAACUAA